CCGCGCAAUCUCCUCCCGCAGUCGCUCGGGAGCCGGGACCCUCGACACCUCCCGGUGGCUCCAAGAGAAUUAUCACUCCAAUACCACCGCGACUAAACAAACACACGACUGCCACAGACAUCGCUCACGAUCUGAGCGUCAGUCGAUAAGAUAUAGUCUACGAAUUAACUGUCUUUAUGAAAAUGUGAGUGCGUCCCAAAGUUAUGGCCAAGUUAAACGAUUCCAAGAAGUACGAUGACGACACCAUGGACGAAGACAGCGAGGAGGAGCUCGGUCGCGUUGGCCGACUCAUGGUUUGGAUGCGCAUCAACCCUAACCUGAUCAUGCUAAAAGUGACUCUCUUUGUGAUGUACGGAGCCACUGCUUCCCUUUUGCCAUAUUUGACUAUUCACAUGCAGAGUAUAGGGUUGACUGUGCCCGAAAUUUCAUUUGUGUAUUUAGCAUUGCCUUUCACAACCUUCUUAAGUCCUCCUAUAACUGGGUUUUUGGUGGACCGUUUUGGGGAGUAUAAACCGGUUGUUAUAACUGCCCUGAUUCUAAAUGCCGCUUUCCAUCACUCGUUAUUGCUGAUACCUCACCAAGAGACGCCAGGGGUGAUGCCGUCGGCGUAUGUGAUGCGGCAUCCUAUCACGAACAGCGUAGAGAUUUGGUGGAGCCCGUGUCCAAGCAGAGAAUGUCCUGACGAAGACGAGACCGUAGAUUUUGUUCUGGAUCGUUGUGUGGAUCAUUGCCAACUGAUCAGACCCACGGAGAGCCCUGCUAUUGAUCCAGCUGACGAUAAGGACGAUCUAGACUUUCAUAUAAGUCAGAAGAUUCGCCCACCGAAUCUCUCCAAUAGCAGUCAUCAAAACACAACUGAGGAUGAUGAAGAUUAUAACGAUGCGGCGUAUUUCCUUAUUGAAGUUCACGAUGACUUGGGCGAACCCAAGGAGCAACUUGGAAUAGAGAUGGAGCGAGAUGAAAACGACCCAGUAACAGAUUUUAGAUCAAGAUUCGGAGAGAAGUUGCUAAUAGCACAGGGUGUGAACAUCACAGCUCUCGAUAAAGAAGAUCUGAGGUGUGGAGGUCAGGUUAUGAUUCACAAUAUGACCAAACUGUCACAACAGCGAUUGGAAAUACUAUCCGCUGAUUGUAUGGUUCAGAAAUGUGAUUUCAGAAGAGGCGGUCCUGAUAUAUGCCCGCCGGAUUAUAAGGAAAGUGAUGACAAAACUUUCUAUAUUUACUUCUUCUUACGAUUCAUGGGUACCAUUAUGUUGUCUGCUGGUGUCACCAUCAUGGAUCCUAUUGCUUUGACCAUGAUACAAAAAUAUGGAGGCGACUUCGGAAGAGAAAGACUAUUCUCAAGCAUAGGCAUGGCAAUAUUCUCGCCUAUCACCGGUAUGCUUAUAGAUAUGAGGAGUAAACAAGUUAAUUACACUGACUAUUCAGCUGCGUUCUAUACCUACGAUGUGUUGCUCCUGAUAUCAGCUAUCACCGUGGCGGUCAUGCCACUUGGAGCCAAACUACCUGCUGAUAAUCUACUUCGGGACUUAGUAAACAUUAUCAAAAUGCCCCACAUUAUAGUUUUUAUAUUUUUCCUAUUCGCGUUGGGAAACUUUUGGGGAUUCAUCGAAUCUUAUCUGUUCAUUUAUCUGAAGGAAUUAGGAGCACCUAAUUUUCUACUAGGUAUAACCGUGACCGUGGGCACUCUCAGCAGCAUCCCGUUCCUCUACGGCGCGGAUGCCAUCACCGCCCGCAUCGGGCACGUCAACGUCAUCAUUGUCGCGUUCUUCUCCCACGCUGCCAGGCUCGUCGGCUACUCGUUUAUUGAAAACUCCUGGUGGUGUUUUCCAUUCGAAGCAAUGGAGUCGCUUUCUGUCCAUCUGAUGUGGGUGGCUGCUGCGACAUACUGCGCCAUGCUAGCCCCGAAGAGUUUACUGGCCACGUUGAUUGGAGUACUUGGAAUGGCACAUUUCAGUUUAGGUAGAGGCAGCGGUAGCUUCGGGGGUGGUCUUCUCAUAGCCCAGCUGGGCACCAGAGAGGCCUUCCGAUAUAUGGGGCUGAUGGCCUUCCUCGGAGGAGUCUUGUACGGCCUUCUCCAUUACUUCUGGCUGAGGAAGAUCUCCAUGACCGGUAUCGAAGAUGCCUGUGAUCCUGACACUGAAAGUGGUGAAGGAGACAAGUUAAAUGGAGAACCUCUAAGGAAAGAUGCGGAAACGAUGAUAUCACUAGAAAGACUACACAUGAUUACCAGAUUCAAUCCAUUGGGUUCGCUUCAUUCAUUACCGAGAGGAUCCCGAUCCAGAUUUUCUCAAGGCGAUAUCAACGAGAUCAGAAGCCGCAGUGGUAGCAACGCUCACAGAAGAGGCAGCAAUUAUGAAGGGUCAGCCUCGAAGGUAGAUCUGUUGAGGUCUGCUAUCGAGAUCAGCAAUCAGAACACAAAGGGUCACAUAUCAAAUCCAGUAUUAUCUAUAGCUACAAGACCUACUAAUUAUAAGCAAGCGCACAGUGCUCCAAAAUUGGCUCUAGUUGGUUUGCCACAACGAAACAAUAUAUCUCAACCAGUUCUCUCCGAGUUUGACCCUCGCCGGAGAGACUCUAUUCCUGAAGAAGCUGAAGAAGACCGGCUAGCAGUAGCAGCCAAAGCACCAGCAAAGACUAAGAGUUACGAUCUCCCCCCACCUCCAACAUAUGAUGAAGCUACAGGUGAACACAGGAAAAGUUGGCACUCCGAUGAUAGCACGCCAGCUUAGGACAGUGAUUUGAUUGAGGGUUUCCCAAAAGGCGUCGCACCAGAUAUCAGCACUUAGUCGUCCAGAUCUAACGCUCGUUCAGGUUAAUGACUUGACACUUCUGGCCAGUUGUCGAGUACAAACGACACUUUACCAUUUGAGUACCCUUUAUUUUGUUUAAAUCUGGGCUUGAAAUUCAACUUGCACAUUCUGAUGGGAGAAAAAAAUUCAAAAACCCUCAUUAGACUAAUGGAAAUAUACAGAUGUCUUUUCAUUAUCACGCAGCAGUUUAUAAGUCUUGUAAUUUUUCAAUUGUUGUAUGAGUAAUAUGAGAGAACUAGCAUUAAAAUUCAUGGAUCACAUAAUCAUAUAGAAAAGAGAUGGAACAAAUUAACAAUCUGUUUAUAAUGGCUUUAAUUUAUUUAAGAUUAUAAUUGACGUAGAGUAAUGACUACUUUGUAAUUGUUAUUAUGGUAAAUCCGUAAUUUGUCUUAACUGUGUUAGUUCUAAUAAAUAUCUUUGUUAUUUAA